UCUCGCAAACAGAAUAGGAAGUUCGUUCGUUCGCCAGUAGUAAACAACUCGUCUGUGGUCGCGGUGUAGAACGUGCACGUUCUUUGCAGCCCGCUUUAAUGUAGCGUUGACCUGAAAGACAGUGUCGUAUUUCACCAAAGCAAUCGUCAACGACACCCAUCGAUCUUAACCGAAACCAAAAAGCAUUCGAUACCAACCGCAAACAUGUGUUCAUCAUGUACAAAUUUACAGAAAAAAAUGGUAUCACUCGGCUGCUCGGCGUUCCUGAUUCUGGCAGCCAUCACCUUGGGCGUACUGUGGCCAUCCAUGUCGGAGAAGGUUCUGCAUGAUAAGCUGGUCGUCAAACCGGGAUCGUCGAACUACGAAAACUGGAUCCGGACGCCGAUACCCAUGUUCCUGGAAAUCUACCUGUUCAACUGGACCAACGCGGACCAGCUGAGCAACCGUUCGGUGAAGCCCAACUUCGUCGAGGUGGGACCGUAUACCUUCUCCGAGUUGCACGAGCGAGUGAAUCUGGUGUGGAAUGACAAUGGUACCGUCACGUUCCAACAACGUCGGACGUGGCAUUUUGUUCCCGAGCUGUCCAAGGGAUCGCUGGACGAUGUGAUCACCAACCUGAACGUUAUCACGCUGAACACGGCUUAUCUGAUGCGCAAUUCAAAUUGGAUGAUAAAAGAUGGUGUCAAUGUUGUGCUCAAUACGCACGGAUCAUUGAUGUGGAAAAAUAAGCCAGUCCGGCAACUGCUUUUCGAUGGCGUAGAAGACCCGUUGUUGGAUCUGUUGAAAACCCUCAACGUUACCGGACUGAACAUUCCUUUCGAUAAGUUUGGUUGGUUCGUUGGACGCAAUCUGAGUGAAACGUUCGAUGGGUCAUUCACGAUGCGUACCGGUGCAGAUGGGUUGCAAAAUACCGGCUUCCUUACCCAGUGGAACGGAUCACCCCGGACCGGUAUGUACAGUGGACGGUGCGGCGAAGUGUACGGUACAAGCGGCGAACUGUGGCCAGCGAACAAGGUGACGCCCACCAACAUUACGCUCUUUCCGUCCGAUAUCUGCCGUUCGAUUACGCUGCAGGCUAGCGAAGAGGUUUCGCUGUACGACGUCCGCGGCACGAAGUACGUCGGAGAUGAGCGGGUGUUCGACAACGGGACCAAGUACCCAGAAGCGAGCUGCUGGUGUAAUGCGGAUUCCAGCCACUGUCCCGAUUUGAAGCCGGGUUUGUUCAAUGCCUCUGCUUGCAAGUAUGGCUCGCCGACGUUUGUUUCAUACCCGCAUUUCUACCUCGCGGACGAAAGCUACCGCAGUUCGCUGGACGGCAUGCACCCGAAUCGAACCGAGCAUGAGUUCUACAUGGCCAUCGAACCGACGACCGGAAUUCCGUUGGACGUACGCGCUCAGCUUCAGAUAAAUGAACAUCUUCAGAAUCUGAAGGGUAUUGGCUUCUUCGAAAAUGUUCCAGAUUUGAUGGUGCCCAUGUUAUGGUUCCGACAGAGAGCCACCCUUACGCAGGAACUUGCCGAGCAAGCUAAGUUGGCUCUAGCAUUGCCAUCGCUUGGAAUCUACGUGGCCACCUUCUUUGGUUCCGUCGGGGUGUUCAUGGCUGCCAUUUUCCUAUACGUGUCAAUCAAAAAAUGGUCCACGGUUACGGAAAUGAUUCCGUACGAAGAGCUGGGACAGUAGGGAAUUCAACUGAAACUGCGAAGGUACAAUCCGAGCGCAUGAUAAUUGAAGGUACCAUUGUUUAUUAAAGUGCCUUACAGUGAUAUCAGUAUCGGGUAUCCCCCAUUAACACAAAAGAGAAAAACAAAGUCAAAACCCUGUCGAUGCUUUAUCAGGACUUCUUUAUUCCAUUUUGUUGUUCUUUUUUUAUAUAAAAAUCUAUCAAUACUAUUUUAACUUUCAUGACGAACUAUGACGACGUGCCAAAACACACGGCUAACGGUCUCGGGUACAAGAAGAAUUACAUAAUGUGCACUUGUUUCACUACAUUUUUUUAUUAUUCAUCACUCAUUAUGCUCUCACAUUCAAAUUCCUCCAUUCGACGAUCGUUAGUCAAUGCUCAAUCAAUAUUGAAAACUUUUGUUACCGACAAAAGAUCGUAGAGGUGAUCUCUAAGUUGUAGUGUGGAAUCAUUCGCAGAGGAUAGUAAUAUACGUGAUCGCUGAAAAAAACGAUGUAACCAAAAACGUUUAAAAUUAAGGGAACCACUCGUUAGAUAGUUCAAUAUUCCAUCAGCAUAUCCUAAGAGAUUUUGUUAAAAUAAGGUGGUGUUUAGGUGGAUUUUGUUUUAACCACAAAAAAAUGGAGAGAGAGCCAGCGUGAAAAUGCUAUAAAUAAAGACCAAUGACAAUUUCA